CCGUCUGCACAGACCUCAGGCUGAAGAGCUCCUGGAUCUAAUUAUGGACAGCCUUCAGUUAUUUUUGUGGUGACUGCGCACCGGGGACUACUCCACUGGAAUACCUCGCUUGGAUCAAACAAAUCGCCAGCAAAGACGUAGUUAAAAAAAGAAAAAGAAAAAAAAAGAAAAGAAAGAAAAGAGAAAUCCCACUUUCAUUUGGGAAGAUGGAACUGUAUCAAAGAAAUGAGAGGAUUGUGGUUACUGGGGCCAGUCUGAGAAUGUCAGCGUGAGGAAUCAUCAAACAAAUGGCAAACAAGAUGGCAAAAGUGUGCAGUGAAAGCUCCUUUUCAGCAAGACAUCGGCCGUCCACCAACACAUCCGACGAUGAACUCGCUGCCAUGGAAAAUGGGGACAGCAGGGCCCACUCUCUUCGUGAAGACGCCUCCGCGAGAGCCUGGUCCUCAGGGUCUCAUAGAAGCCCACACAGAGGUGGCGGGGCAUUGGCCAGGCUGUCUUACCUCUUCCUCAUGCUGCGGGACUUGGUGUCUCACAGAGUGAACCCCAUAGAGGAGAGGAAUGACUCCUUCCUGGAGCGCAUCAGAGGCCCGGCCCUUAAAGAUGCAACCAGUGGGGAGAGCGACACACACAGAAAGAAAAAUCUUUCCAGUAAAUGGCCUCUUGCUGCUUACAACAUAAAUAACUGCAACAACACAGAUGACAAAAAAGAGGACAAAAAAGACGAGAUCAAGAAAGACGAGAAGAAGGAAGAGGAAAAAAAAGACGACAAGGACGGAGACAAGAAGAAAGAAGAAAGUAAGGACGAGAAGAAAGAUGAAAAGAAAGACGAGAAGAAAGAUGAAAAGAAAGACGAGAAGAAAGAUAAGAAAGACGAUAAAAAGAAAGAGGAACCUCCGAAAGAAAUCUGGAUUAUGGAUCCAGCUGCGGACCAGUACUACAGAUGGCUGAGUGUCAUUGCGGGCCCAGUAUUUUAUAACCUGAUCAUGAUUGUAACAAGGGCCUCCUUUAAUGAGCUCCAAUCUUCGUAUACCAAACUCUGGAUAGUCUUGGACUAUACCUCAGACGUCAUCUACUACAUGGACACAUUUGUCAGAUCGAGAACAGGUUACCUUGAACAAGGACUGUUGGUAAAAGAUGCCAAAAAACUGAGAGAUAAAUACAGAACGACAUCUCAGUUCAAAUAUGACAUGAUUUCAAUGAUACCCACAGACCUGCUCUUUCUGCAGUAUGGAUUUGACAAUCCAGAGUUUCGUUUCAACCGUCUUUGCAAAAUCCAGAGGCUCUUUGAGUUCUUUGAGCGCACCGAGACGAGAACCAGCUUCCCGAACAUGUUUCGUAUCAGCAAUCUCGUGCUCUACAUCCUCACCAUCAUCCACUGGAAUGCUUGUGUUUUCUUUUCCAUUUCGAAAAGCAUUGGCUUUGGAUCUGACACGUGGGUCUAUCCCAACAUCAGUCACCCAGAGUACAGUCGCUUGGCACGAAAGUACAUCUACUCCCUAUACUGGUCGACACUCACCCUCACCACCAUCGGAGAAACCCCAGCACCAGUAAAAGACGUUGAAUUCCUCUUUGUCAUUGGGGACUUUCUCACCGGUGUGCUAAUCUUUGCUAGUAUCGUCGGUAACGUUGGUGCCAUGAUCUCCAACAUGAAUGCCUCUCGUGCCGAGUUUCAGGCAAAGAUCGACUCCAUAAAGCAGUACAUGCAGUUUCGAAAAGUCACCAGAGACUUGGAGGCCAGAGUGAUCAAAUGGUUUGACUAUCUUUGGACCGAAAAGAAGACCUGCGAUGAGAAAGAAGUUUUGAAAAGUCUCCCGGACAAGCUUAAGGCGGAGAUCGCCAUCAACGUCCAUUUGGAUACGCUAAAGAAAGUGCGAAUUUUCCAGGACUGCGAAGCUGGUCUGUUGAUUGAGUUGGUGCUCAAGCUGGAGCCACAGGUGUUCAGUCCCGGAGAUUACAUCUGUAAGAAAGGGGAUAUUGGCAGGGAGAUGUACAUCAUAAAGGAAGGAAAGCUGGCAGUGGUGGCGGAUGAUGGAGUCACUCAGUUUGUGGUGCUCAGCGACGGGGCAUACUUUGGAGAAAUCAGUAUCUUAGGCAUCAAGGGGAGUAAAGCCGGUAACCGACGAACGGCCAACAUCCGAAGUGUGGGUUACUCUGAUCUCUUCGCCUUGUCCAAAGACGACUUGAUGGAGGCGCUCACCGAGUAUCCGGAUGCCAAGAAAGCUCUGGAAGAAAAGGGCAAAGCCAUCCUUAUGAAAGACAACCUAAUCGACGAGGCGGUUGCGAAUGCGGGCGCGGACCCCAAAGAUCUGGAAGAGAAGAUUGUGAAACUGCAGGACAACCUGGACGGGAUGCAGACCAAGUUUGCUCAGCUGAUGGCAGAGUUCACCUCCACCCAGGCACGGCUGAAGCAGAGGGUCACUCAGAUGGAGGGAAAAGUGAAAUCCAUAAAACCGGAGGACCUCGCCGAAGUGGUGGCUGACAAAGACAAAAAGGUCCAGUGAAAGAAAAAAAAAAAAAAACAUUACUGGAGAACUUUGAAAGUGAUUCUCUUUUAUUUCAUAUCAAUGCCCACAUUUUUAACUAUUUAUACGUCGUGUUUAUUAUCACCACAUUAUGUGUCAAACUGUGUACAGUGAAUGCAGAGGGUCUCUUUUUGUGCUUUUUGACUAACUGCUACUUUUGUCAUCUUGAAACAUUUUGAGUGUGUUGAGCGGAAGCACUUGUUUAUGCCAAACAUUGGCUUUUCAUAGCCUUAGGAUGACUGUUUCCCCCCCUCUGAUAAGAAUUCAGAUUAUUCAGGUAAAUGUAUUGCUCUUCUUAAGCUGCAUUGUUUACUGUAUAAAAAUGUCAACAUUUAAAAAAGCCAGGAUUGUUUAUAUGUUACUGUCAGCAUACUCUUACAAAUAUGAAUGUUAUAUGCAAAUAAAAUGUUCAUAUUAAAUAACUUCUUUGUCCAUGUGUGGAAAAAAAAAAGUCAAACUUACUUUGAAAACAGAUCAUAUUCAACUAAUUUCUGAUGGACAGUAACUAGCUGCUUAUGACUAUUACUGUCUUAACAAUCCCUGCCUUACUUUACAUUUCCAGCCUCUUUAAAUGCUAGCAAUCGAAAAUAAUUUGUCAAUUAACAAAUAGCUGGAACUGCUGAACACUAUAACUCCUCAUACGGCAUCUAUUGCUUAACCUGAGAAAUGAAUUUUAAUGUUGGUGUUUCUAGAUAGCUUUAAACCACCUAAGUAAUAUCACACUGGUUCCUAUCCAGCCAAAAUUGUUGGUCUAUGAAAAAAAACAUGCUACAUUAGAAAAUGAAAUGCAUUUUAGGAAACAUCAAGUCCUACCACAUUUUGUAACUUUGAAUGUCACUUUUUGAACAGUACCGUCUUAUCACAGUGCACUGUUUACUUAAUAGAGUUAAAGUGACCAUUUUGUUUAAUUUAUUUAUUUUGACCAUUUUUAAUCAUGCACUAACCAGCAGGGGAUGCUUUGAGUGCCCCAUGUGGUCAAAUAGUUAAUAGCUACAUUAACCAGAAAGUAGGUUGAGCUGUUGUCAGUUGUAGCCAGUUCAAGACUCCAGGAUGUGCGUCGUCAGAGUAACAUGACACGGCGCAAAAUCACUGCUGAGAUAUUAGCAUUAGCCCAACAUCCUGGCACAGAAAAGAAAUCUGUGACUUGGCUAGUAAUCAAAUGCCACAGUUAGGUUUUAUACCAUGCGAAUACAGGAAUUUACAACAAAUCUACAAUUUUUCACCUUUAUUUACCUUGCAUAUUGGAGAGUUUACAGAAGGGUUUUCACAUUUUCUGCAAAUUCUUUACAUACCUGAGAUACUUGGCCAAAUCAAACACUUAUUGUGGCUGUUUCCCUUAAACAGGCCUUGCACAUUUGGCAAGUGCGCAAAUCAGUAACUCAUAGGAAACGAGUCAAGAGACGCUUUCUUAAAAGAUCUCACACACUAAACCAAUCGCUAAGUAUUCUUAAAGGGGCGGCAUUAUGCACUUUCCAGGCACAUGGUGCCAUUUUAUAGCACAAUCGAGUAACUACGUUACUGUCAGUUCUUAUAAAAUGCUGUAUAUAUCUAACAUGACUGGAAAGAAAUUUGACUUUGCAAUUAAAUCCUUGAUAUUGGGCCUCUGUCUCUUUAAGAAGCUCCUGUUCUUUUUGAAACUCAGCCUUCAGGAAGUCAUCACAACGUUUCUCCAUUAAGCUGCUUACAGCCGUCCAUAGGAGCAUUGCAAGUAGUUUACUAAUUGCUACUGCCACUAGUCUGGAGGAGCUGAAAGGAGUGGAAAAUGUGGCGUUAGGUGAGAACAAGUGUUUAUGUGCCCACAAUGGUUGCCAUGGGAGAUUCAAGGAUUACUCAAACAAGCACUAAAGAAAAAGCAACACUCCAGGUGUGUUUUUGAU